AUGAACGCGAAAACUGUUCAUCUUUCAAAAGUUCGUUUUAAAAGUUUUAGCAAGUGUUGCGUCUCUUAUAGGCUCUGCUGGUUGGGUUUUGAACUGAAUCAUUUAUUUCUUUCCAGUGGACACUACCUUGCGUGUAAUAAUUCUGCUGAGCAACAAGAGUCAAUCGAUCAUUCUUCCUAUCACUACCUCAAACCUGCAAAGGAAAGGAUGAACUCGAGCCAGUUCCCACCGUCUUCUCCAGGACCUUAUUACUCUUUGAAGAGCUUUGAUGUGAAGAGAUCGGUAGAUGCUACCGACAUAUUUUCUGACGAUAGCGCAUUUGGCGAGGGUUCUUUGGAAAGACCAUUGAAGAAGUUCCGCAAUGGCAAGCAGUAUCCAACACCCUACCCGUCGUCCAGUGCUGCCAUUAAUUACUCUUCACCCCCCGUUGCUCGACGCGAAAGCCCAUUCAACACAUUCGAGGACUUGACGUUUCACUGCCCCUCGGUGGACAUUAUCCUCGAACCCCAUAAUACUACGCGUCUGGCGGUUGGUCGGAAGAAAUCAGUGUGUGACGUAUUCUUACCAUGCGCCAAGAACAUCUCGAGGCAACACGUGUUUCUGUCAACCAACAAUAAUGAGGUGAAAGUUGAAUGUAACAGUGUGAAUGGCGUUGUCGUGCUCUUUCCAAAUCAAGUCAAAUGCUGUUUGGCCAAGUCUACGGAUUCCUUAAAUGACUACCAUAUCGCAUUGGCGUCUAACUCCUUGGAAUUCAAGGGGAAGCAUGCCUUAAAGAAUAGAAACGUUACCUCUUUCGCUUUGUUAAAGGGCGAUAGUGUGACCAUGCCACUGAUUGAAGGUACAGUUUUGGAUUUUAGACAAGCAAGGGCUGUCUUUAAAGUCAGCAGUGAACAACGGGAAAGUGCUGAAGACAAUGCCGAAACCGAAACGGAGGAUGAGAUGAUGCCACUCAGCACGAAAAGUGACGACUUCCAUUUGGACACGCAAACUCCCUCGAAAAGACUGGUGUUUGUCAAUAACCAAUCUCCAAACACGGAAGAGCACAUAGCAUGCAAAUCACCAAGCAUCAACCCUUCACUGGUUAACUCGACUUACGAAUCUGGAAUUACUCCUACCGUGAAUCUCCCCGUUAGGGAGCCCACCACUCCGACGAAGAUUAAACAUGCCAUUAAUAUACCACGGUUUGCUAACUUUGAUUCACCAAUAGCAAAGUCAACGACUAGUACUAAUGUGAUCCCCGACUUGAAUAUAAUGGCCAAGUCAGGUAGCAAGAAUGACACGGAACAGACAAGCUCUGACAAUGCAUUAAAAGUGGUAGACGCGUUAGAUACCGCAAAGGAGAAAGAAAGCGUGUUCGUCAAGCCACAACCACUGGAACAUAAGACGCCAAGUUUCGAGUCAAAGAAAUUGUCCCCCAAGCCUGUAAUACCCAUGAACCACCAAAAUGCUAAGAGAGGGGCAACUACAUCCUCAAAGAGCGCCGCGAUACCCAAAGACAAAGGGAACACAGAGGACAGGCACGACAUGAUUCUACAUGCUUUGAAGGCCAAGGGUGUUAACAUUUAUGAGACCCAGCACGCCAUUGCGAAUUUCUUGGCCUUUGCCCCCGUGCAACAGAAACCACUGUCUCAAUUAACCGACGUUAACAAGCAGGUAGCAGCCUUAUCUGCCGAAGAACUGAGAGUGAUACUAUCGGGAGCUAAAGGAAUUGGAAUUAUCAGACGGAGUGGUAAAGAUGCAGCCGGUAAACCACUAGAAGAAGAGUACUACUACGAUAUUGAGAAUGAUGACGAUGUAGACAGGGAAAACCUUGUUGCAUCGUUGAAAGGUGGAAGAUCUGCUCUAAGAAGUUGCAGAAAGACCCAUAAACAGUAUUACUGGAAAAAGCCAGCGCGUAAAUAA